ACAUUUCUAUUACAGGUAUUAGAAUAUAAUGUGCCAGGAGGAAAACAAUUUAGAGCAUUAAUACUAAUACAUGCAUAUCAGUUAUUGGCAAAUGAACAAGUUACAAAAGAAAAUAUUCGUCUAGCACGGAUUUUAGCAUGGUGUGGGGAACUGAUGCAAGCUGCUGGUCUCAUGAUUGACGAUAUUCAAGACAAAUCAGUACUUCGUCGAGGACAACCAUGUUGGUAUCUAAACGAUAAUGUAGGGUUGUCGGUAAUAACUGAUGCUCUAAAAUUGAAAAAUUCUGUAUAUUAUAUACUACAAAAGUAUUUCAAAGGGAAAACCUGCUAUGUUAAUCUACUAGAAACAUUCCAUAAUAUCAUAUUAAAAACAUUAGAUGGCCAAAUAUUAGAUCUACAGUUGUCUAAAAAUUUUAGCAAGAAGCUAAAUCUGAACUUAUUCACAAUGGAUCAAUACAAGUGUAUUGUCAGGAACAAAACGUCGUAUUAUUCAUUUGUUUGUCCAGUAUUCCUAGCAAUGAAUUUAGCUGGAAUAAAAGACCCAGAAAAGUUUAAGCAAGCAGAAACGAUUUUAUUGGAAAUUGGACAUUUAUUCCAAGUCCAAGAUGACUUUUUGGAUUUCUUUGGAGAUUCAGAAGCCAUUGGCAAAGAUAGCACUGAUAUACAGCAAGGAAAAUGUACGUGGUUUAUCGUAAUGGCUCUUCAACGCGCGACUCCGGAACAGCGUGAAAUUUUAGAACAGUGUUACGGAUUUUCGGAUCCGGAAAAGGUUAAAUGCGUGAAACAACUGUUUAACGAUUUAGAUUUACAUAAAGUAUGUAUAUCGUACACAGAACAGGCAUUUAAUCUAUUACGUGAACGUAUACAGGAAAUGUCAUGUGGGCUCCCGCAUUGUUUUUUCUUGGACAUAUUAAACAUACUUUAUCGCAGAAGAUCAUAAAACAAUCGUGUAUAUUAAAGAAAGAGAAAAAUAUGUUAAUAUUUUAUCAAUGUAUAUUUUAUAUAUACAUAUACAAUAUAGAUACUUAUGGAAAAUAUAAGCAAAAUGACUGAUAUAUCAAAUAAAUUACGAAGAAAAAUAAGCAUAAAGUUUCAGUUCUUGAAAAUCUACUUUGCAGAUUCGUUUCUUAUUUGCUUCUCGAUCAUUGUAAGAGAAUACAUGUAUACGUUCAACAAUCAGUAUUAUAAAUUGAACGAAAUUCUGUUAAGAUUUCUUGGCUUAUGGCCUUUUGAAAAAACUGAUGGUGAACGUUUCCGUGCAAUAUGCUUUUACAUAUUACUCAUUUCUUACGUGAUUGCACAGGUAAUUUUAUAUUUUUCUGUCUUCUUUCUCUACUAAUUAUAAGUUUGAUAAAGAUAUUAAAAAUUUGAAAUGACUUGUUAACUGUUUCGAAAUUUAUGUACGUUGGUAUUUUAAAAAUUAUUUUAAGAACUCUUUAAGAAAAAUUUAUAAUUGUAUGUUUAUAU